UUUACAUUUUUCCAACCUAUUUAAAGUUAUAUUAUAUACACCUUUCGUGAAACAUGAAUAAUUGGUUAAUCGUUUUAUACUCCUAGUAGUUUACCCUCCAAAACUAUUGUUAAACAAAUAACUGAAUUGUGUUUUACAACAAUGUGACAAUGGUGAAGAACAAAUUCACGUUAAAGGAUAGGUUAAAAUUAUUUCGAAGUUUCUUUAACAUUACCUGCUUUUCGAUCAACGUGAAUGAAUAAUAGCUCAUCGAGAAAAAUGAGUAAACUAUGGAACUAUCUAAUAUUUCAAGGAUGGAUAUCGUACUUGAUGGCAGUUGGCGUGCUUGUUUUUACAAGCGGUUUCCUACUUACUCGUGUCUCCAGACCGGAACGUGCGGAAUGCAAGUAUUGUACAAAUCCUGGCGGCUGCAACGUCCAAGAACUUCUUCAAGAUCCAAAAGUCGCUGCGACUACAUGCCUUGAAAGAAAAACACGCGUUGUGUUAUUAGUUGUCGACGCCUUAAAAUAUGAUUUCGCACACUGGUACAGCGACAAUAGUUCUGCCCCAUUGUAUUACCGCAAUAAACUGCCAAUAAUUCACGAAUUGCUACAAAAUCAACCUCUGAAUUCGCGUUUGUACAAAUUCAUAGCGGAUCCACCAACGACUACCAUGCAAAGACUAAAAGGUUUUACGACCGGAUCUCUGCCUACUUUCAUCGAUAUUGGAUCUAAUUUCGCUAUCGAAAGCAUCGACGAAGAUAACAUUAUCGAUCAGAACAUUGCUAAAGGUAUUGUUUUCAUGGGUGAUGAUACUUGGACUAAUUUAUUCCCUGGAAAAUUCAAGCGGCAAUUUCCAUCGCCGUCCUUCAAUGUUUGGGAUCUUGAUAGCGUUGACAAAGACGUCAGAUACCGCAUAUUCUUUGAAAUGAAAAAGAAAGAUUGGUCCCUACUUAUAGCACAUGUUCUUGGCAUAGACCACUGCGGGCAUAAACAUGGUGCUAACCAUCCAGAAAUGGCCAGAAAAUUAAACGACACAAACACUUUGAUAAAAGAAAUUAUUGAAUCUUUGGAAGAAGAUACAGUAUUUUUCAUUGUGGGCGAUCAUGGCAUGACAGAGAGCGGAGAUCACGGCGGUGAUAGCUUGAACGAAGUUGAAGCUGCUAUGUUUGUUUAUUCUAUGUUACCGCUACUUAAGUACGAUUCAAAUCACGAUACUGUGAAUCAAAUUGAUCUUGUUCCUACGUUGGCAUCGAUUCUUGGCACACCUAUACCUUUCUCUAACUUAGGAUCUGUUAUAAUCGAUUCACUACCAAGAUCGAUGAAAAAUGAAAAGUCAGAGGAAGAUUUAUGGUAUUCGUUACAUUCUGUAUGGAGGAAUAUUGUACAGACAAAGAAAUACAUAGAUACGUAUUCUAUGGAUAGCUAUCUGUUUCCCGAAGACCAGCUUGAGAAUUUAGAAAACGUCUAUAAUCGUCUAUCGGAACAGAUGAAACAUGUAAAUACUAUCGAAGAAUUCGAAUUAUUUAUUCAAAAUAGUCGCAGUUACUUUAAACUACUUAAAGAUAUGUGUUCCGAAGUCUGGGUUCAAUUUGAUUCCAGCCUGAUGUCGAAAGGCCUACUUUUAAUGUUCUGCACAUUAUUUUUCUAUUACCUAUUUAUUACAGGCAUUCCAGAAAGCCGUAUGUUGAAGAUAUUUCAAUCGUCGUUUUUACAAUGUUCCAUUCUAGCAAAUUUAAUCACUGCCGUAAUAAUCUUUUUUUUAUUCUUCCUCGAUAUUUUAGAAGAGUUAAAAAACACUACGUUCUUUGCCACUGGUGCGGUAUCUAUAGUAUUAUUAAUAACGUUGAUUGUUAAGAAUUGGGAUGUAAUUUCAAUGAGUUUGUACGAUUAUCGCAAAAUUAAGAAAUUGAUUUACGUUGCCAGAGUGAUACUUCUUCUAACAGUAUGUAGUCUUUUUUCUAACAGUUACAUCGUCGAGGAGGAUAACGUACUAUCCUUUUUACUCGUUACGCUUCUUUGGCUACUUGUAUUUUAUUUAAAAAGGGAUAAAUCUACUGAGAAUUUUGAAAGAAAAACAAAGCCAUUCUUGAAGCCGCAAGCAAAAUCAAAUUUAAAGACUGUUAUAGUAGUCAUCGGUUUAAUAGUAUGCAUUUCCAUAAGACUGUCCCAUUACUUCUGGCGUUGUCGUGAGGAACAGCAACAACGCGUGUGCUCUGUCUUCAUAACCGGCAAAGCAGGUUCUAUAUCGUCGAAUAAUUUAGAACGUGUUUUACUUGCUGUCACCUUAAUCCUACUCGCGUUAUACAUUACGAUAGUAAGACUGUGGCUGCAAAAUUGUGGAAACCUUUCUGGCUUCUCUCCUAGCGUUCUGGUAGGGCAGUAUUGUCCUGUCGUAAUCGGUGUUUGCAUGGGUUGUUACUGGGUCCUUCAACGGUUGCCCAAAUUUGUCAAAGUAAAGUUUGCGUUGUCUUGGCAAGUGAGUACAUUGCCAAACAUAGUGUACGCGUUAUGUUCGUUUGCGAUCUUUGUCCUUUACUAUCGUCCGCUCAGUAUAUUUCUGCUGCCGAAAAAGAAAGAAUCAAUCAAUAUAUACCACGAUGAGAAUAUAGUGCCCCGAUUGUUCGAGAAAAUAAAGGAGUCGAUUUAUCGUAAGAGAAUAGAUGUAGAUGAAACACCAGUUGUUUACGGCUUGGGCACUGCCUAUAGCGCUGCAUUUAUCUCACUGAGCGUAUUUCUUAUGCUGUUAUAUUCUUUAUUAUUAGGAGAUAUUUUAUCGCCUAGCAAUUUCUUGAUGUUUAUAUCUUGCGCCUCUGUUUUGGGCCUAUCUGCAAUAGAGAGAUAUAAGAAUGCUAAUAGUAUAUCCGAGCUUGUAGAAGUGUCCACUCCUGCCCUCGUAUGUUGGUUUCUGAUAUCUGAAUAUUUCUUCUACGGAACUGGUCAUCAAGCAACAUUUCCUACCAUUCAUUGGGACGCUGCUUUUGUAGGGACUGGUGGACAUUUCUAUGGAAAUUUGCUACCAGCUAUCUUAAUAGGAAUAAACACAUUCGGGUCGCACAUUAUAUUAGGCGCAACGUUACCAUUAUUGGUGAUAGUACCGUUCACUAUGUACCUUGUGUUUCCAAAGUUAGUUAAAGUGAAAUUUUUAGAAGACGACAUGAAAAGAGGAGAACUGCUCCUGUUUGAACAGGAUUCCGUCUUUCAUACCGCUAUUUUCUCAGUCGCCGGAAAAUAUACGCUUCUUCACGGAAUCCGAACUUUUGGCAGCAUGCUUGCCGCGACGAUUCACUGUCGGCAUUUAAUGGUUUGGAAGAUCUUCGCGCCAAAAUUGAUAUUCGAGGGCUUAGAACUGUUAGUGACAUUGAGCAGUGUACUGGCGUCCUUUUAUAUGGUGUUCAGAAUCGAUCAACAAAUGGAACAUCUUAUAGCCAGGGUGACGAAAGGCAGAUGAUAGUGAUCUAGUUUUUCUGGUGUACGAUACAAUUACUAGUAAAGUACCAAAGUUUGAAAAAGUAACUUUAACGUGCAAGGAUGGUGCGUGUGAUGGAUCAUUAUCCGUAACGUUGGAAAAAAGUUUUUUUUAUUAAUGAAAGACAUAUAGGUAUUCAACGUCACAACACUUACCGAUAUACUGCCAACGUUUUCGAGAAUUUUAUAUGACUUUAUAUAAAAGACAGUUAAACUAAGAAUGAUGAAACAUUCUGUUCAUUUCGUCAAAGACCAAGCUGUAAUGUUAGUUCUGGUGCUUCCUAACACACUAACGCUACCCUGCGUGCAAUGCAUUGCUAAUUACAGAGAAACAAAGCAACGCACUUGAUGCAGGAUUGCGUCCAUGUGCGCCUGGUGAUCAGCUUGACUGAUGUACGUAUCAAUUUUACCGUUUUACGUUCGUUAUCGUUAAAUAAAUUCAGAUGAAUAGAUGUCGUAAUGUACGUCUCUCGAUCGUUUAUCGCAUAGGGAACUGUAUCAUAGCAUGUAUCAUAAGUAGAAAAUAAUAAUAGAAAUAAUUAAUAAAAAGACAUAUUAU